GGAAGAUGGCGACGGUGGAGAUGGCGGAGCGGGAGGAGUCGGCGGAGCGGGAGGAGCCGCCGGCGGGGCCGGGACCCGAGCCCGAGCCCGAGCCCGAGCCGGGAGCGGAGCCGGAGCCGGAGCCGGAGCCCGAGCCGGGAGCGGAGCCGGAGCCGGAGCCGGAGCCGGAGCGGCCCGAGCUGCACUUCGAGGAGGAGGACGUGCAGCACGAGGAGGAGAUCCUGCGCAACCCCUUCUCGGUGCGGUGCUGGCUGCGCUACACGCAGGCGCGGCAGAAGGGCCCCCCCGCCCGCCUCAACCUGCUCUUCGAGCGCGCCCUGCGCGAGCUGCCCGGCAGUUACAAGCUGUGGUACCAGUACCUGCGGCAGCGGCGGCAGCAGGUGAAGGGACGCUGCCCCACGGACCCGGCCUUCGAGGAGGCCAACGCCUGCCACGAGCGCGCCCUCGUCUUCAUGCACAAGAUGCCCCGCAUCUGGCUGGACUACUGCCAGUUCCUGGUGGAGCAGGGCCGCAUCACGCGCACGCGCCGCACCUUCGACCGGGCGCUGCGGGCGCUGCCCAUCACCCAGCACCACCGCGUCUGGCCCCUCUACCUCCAGUUCGUGCGCCGCUACCCCCUGCCCGAGACCGCCGUGCGCGUCUACCGCCGCUUCCUCAAGCUGAGCCCUGAGAGCGCGGAGGAGUACGUGGGGUACCUGCGCUCCGUGGGGCGGCUGGACGAGGCCGCCCUGCGCCUGGCCCGGCUCGUCAACGACGAGCGCUUCGUCUCCAAGGAGGGCAAGUCCAACUACCAGUCCCGUCCCUGA